GGGUAGCAGCGAUAGGCACAUCGAUAGGCGUUGGAGCCGCUGCGAUUGCCAUCGCUAUGUAAAAAUGGAAAAAGGAAAGCAAUAGCAAUUUUUUCACACAUACAAAACGCCCAAUAAUUACAAGUUUUGUAACAAAAUAGACCAAUUGAGAGGAAAAACGGCCGCAUACAAAAGCCACACACCAAAGUCAGACGACAUUCCAACUAAAAGUGAAUAUUUACGGUUGCGUUUAACAUAACGAUGAAUUUUCUCGGGUUUGGCCAAUCUGCCGAAAUCGAAAUUGUUUUUGAUGGUGCGGAAAGCAAAAAAACUGCCGAAGUCAAGGGGGAGGAUGGCAAAGUGGAGAAGAUGCUUUUAUUCUACGAUGGCGAAACCGUUUCCGGCAAGGUGAACGUAACGCUUAAAAAGCCGGGCAGCAAACUGGAGCAUCAAGGCAUCAAGAUCGAGUUCAUUGGCCAAAUUGAGCUGUUUUACGAUCGUGGCAAUCAUCAUGAGUUCAAGUGCCUAGCCAAGGCGUUAGCGCGUCCUGGCGACCUAAUACAGAACACCAGCUACCCCUUUGAUUUCCCCAAUGUGGAGAAACAGUUCGAGGUCUAUGCCGGCUCGAAUGUACGUUUGCGCUAUUUUCUGCGCGCCACCAUAGUGCGUCGCAUCAGCGACAUUACUCGCGAGGUGGACAUUGCGGUGCACACACUCUGCAGCUACCCGGAGAUGAAUAACCCCAUCAAGAUGGAGGUGGGCAUCGAGGAUUGUCUGCACAUUGAGUUCGAGUACAACAAAAGCAAAUAUCAUUUAAAGGACACGAUCAUUGGGAAAAUCUAUUUCCUGCUCGUGCGCAUCAAAAUCAAACACAUGGAGAUUGCGAUCAUAAAGCGCGAAUCCACUGGCACUGGCCCCAAUAUAUUCAACGAGAACGAAACUAUCGCCAAGUACGAGAUUAUGGAUGGUGCGCCCGUUAAGGGCGAAAGCAUACCUAUACGUGUAUUUCUCGCCGGCUAUAAUUUAACGCCCACCAUGCGGGACAUUAACAAAAAGUUCAGCGUCAAAUAUUUUCUCAAUCUGGUGUUAAUGGACACCGAGGAUCGGCGAUAUUUCAAGCAGCAGGAGAUCACAUUGUGGCGCAAAGCGGAUAUACCGCGCUACCACGCCGCUGCCCAACAGCAACAACAACAACAGCAGGUGCAUCAUCAGCAUCACCAGCAUGUGCCACAGCACGCGCCGCCCCAUCUUGUGAGUGGCCCGGCCGCCCCAACAGUGGCCCACUCCCUCAUUAGCAGCAGCACUGACAGCGAGGGAGCGGCUGCCGGCGUCGGCAUAGCAACCUCGCCCACAACUGGCGCCUCCCAUGCGGGCACCGAAUCCAAAAUGGGUCUCUUUACGCGCGAGAGCCCCAACCAGGAGUUCAGCCAACAGCAGCUCGAUUCGCCGCCUCUGCCCAGCUCGCCACCGCUGACGCCUCACGAGCCUGUUGCCGCCGCCGCCGCCGCUGCACCGGCGACCGGCGGCAACGAACGUGGCAUGGGCGAUGGUGCCGCUGCGGCCACAACGAGCGCCUCCCCAGUGGCCAUUAUGUCACGCACGCCGCCGCCGCCGCUACUGCCUCUGGACUUCGUUGAGGCGCCUCCUCAACAACUCGCCGCCGACGGCGAUGGCCAAUUAUCUUCGAUUAGCUUCGAUCUGCCAACGGAUAAUGCGGCGGCGGCGCCUGUUCCUGUCCCUGUCCUGAACCUCAAGGGAGCAGCCGAUGAUGAUGAAGAUGCUGAUUUGACUGAUGUGGCGUUGCCGGCAGCAACAGUGGUGGCGUCGACGGCGGCGACAAAUGAAGCGAAAAAAGUGGCAGCCACGCCGUUGACUGCCGAUUGAUGAGCAGAAACCAGAACUGGAGGAUGAAGAUGACGAUGAUAGAUGUGUGUGCGUGUGUGUGUGUGUAGCAGAGAAGCAGCAAAACAACAACAAAAACUAUUAACGUAUAUAGUAUAUAUAUAUAUCGAGAUAUAUAUAUAUAUAUGUAUCUAUAUACAUAUGCAUAUAAUCGCAUACGAGACAAAUAUGCAGCAUAUAUCUAUUUUUUUAAAGUUAAUUUAAAAUUGUUACGAAUGUUUUAUUACGGUUAUGCGCGCACUCCUAACUUGGCCCACUCCUACUACCAAUUCAAUAAGCCAGCUCCACCUCUACUAAUCACCAAUCUCUGUCAGCAAAUUCGAGCGUGCAGCCCAUUUAAGAGUAUUCUGUUGGAGCAUAAAUGUUAUUAGAAAUUAAUAUUGGUAUUGAAAUUAUAAUUGUAUUGUAUUGUACCUUCCUGCCCUGCCCCGCCCUGUCAUAUUUAGCCCCAAAAAGAGGGGGGAAACUCCCAAACCAGCAACCAACUCAUUCAUUCCCCUUGGAAAAUCUGAUUUUUCAAUUAGAAAACCAAUUCGAAGUGUUGAAAACAAAACAAAAAACAAUUGCUUUCUAAAAGUAAAACGAACCGAUGCGUGGGUAUAACUACAAUUAAAUAAACGUUUAGAAAAUAAUAAUAAUAAAAACAAAACAACAAAUGAAA